GUACCAGCAGUACCAGCAGUACCAGCAGCAGCCGCCGCCCCCCCCGCCCUGCGCAGCGGCGGCAGGGGCCCGGCAGCCGGCGGAGCCUCCCGGCUCGGCCGGGCAGGGCCGGUGGGCGCCGUGGGAUGCGGGUCCCGACCGCAGCAUGCUGUGGGGGGUCGGGCUGGCGGCGCCCCGCUCCUGCGUGGCGGACCUGAGCCGCAACCGCAGCCUGUCGCUGGGCUGGUGCGCGGGGCCCGAGGAGCCGCCGCCCGCCCUCUAUGGGGGCGAGAUCGUCGCCUUCCCGCUGGCGGGCGCGGGGGCGGGCGGCACCAUGGCGGCGCUGGGCUCCGACUCGUGGUGGAAGAAGACGCUGUACCUGACCGGCGGCGCCCUGCUGGCCGCCGCCGCCUACCUGCUCCACGAGCUGCUGGCCAUACGGAAAGAGCAAGAGGUUGAUUCAAAAGAUGCUAUCAUACUGCAUCAGUUUUCGAGGCCUAACAAUGGUGUUCCGAGUCUAUCCCCUUUCUGUCUGAAAAUGGAAACUUACUUAAGGAUGGCUGAUUUACCCUACCAGAACUAUUUUGAUGGAAAACUUUCCCCUCAAGGAAAAAUGCCAUGGAUUGAAUACAAUCACAAAAAAGUAUCUGGCACUGAGUUCAUUAUUGACUUUUUGGAAGAGCAACUCGGAGUGAAUUUAAAUAAAAACCUUGGUCCACGUGAACGAGCUGUAUCCAGAGCAGUGACAAAAAUGGUGGAGGAGCACUUCUAUUGGACUCUAGCUUAUUGCCAGUGGGUGGAAAACCUCCAUGAGACGCAAAAGAUGAUUUCGGUGUACGGCCCCCUCAGUGACCUGCUGAAGUGGAUUCUCUGCCACCUGACCAAAGGGAUCGUGAAGCGGGAGAUGUACGGCCACGGCAUCGGCCGCUUCUCGGAGGAGGAGAUGUACACGCUGAUGGAGAAAGACAUGCGGACUCUAGCGAGCCUCCUGGGUGACAAGAAGUACAUUAUGGGACCAAACCUUUCCACUGUUGAUGCCACCGUUUUUGGGCAUCUGGCACAGGCAAUGUGGACACUGCCAGGGACCAGACCAGAGAGGCUAAUCAAAGGUGAACUGAUUAACCUUGCUAUGUAUUGUGAAAGAAUAAGGAGGAAAUUCUGGCCAGAGUGGCACCAUGAUGAUGAUAACACUCUGUAUGAAUCCGAAGAAAGCAGUGAAGCAAGCAAGACUCACUCCCCUUUGCAGGACUUCAGUUUUUAUUCAAGGACAGAAACAUUUGAUGAGGAAGGGAACAGUAUUUCUCAUACCCCUGACACAGAUUACACUGGACACUCGCUCUUUGAUUCGGAUGUGGACAUGGAUGACUACAGAGAUCAUGAACAAUGCAAAUGAUGUGUACAAGCACCUCCCGUUUUGCAGACAAGCUGUUUCUUGGGAUCAGUCUGAUUUAUUUCCUGCUCCAGGUUGGGAGGCAGUUUGUACCACCUCCAAGAGACCAUUGUGCUUGACUUGGCUGUCACAUAUUGGACUAGACUGUCUCAACCUUAUUUCAUUUUGUGUAACUGUUCAGAUGGAACCAAGGUAAACAGUUAUUUAAAACGCAUGGCCCAGCUGGAGGUCCAGAGGGCAACGGGACCUUUCAAUCUACGUUUUUUGCUCUCACUGAAAAACGAAUCCCACAGCUGGGUGGGAGAAACAUCCAGGUGGCAGAGCACUUGUAGGAGCUGGUUUGUGUUGAUACCUUGGUGGGAAUGUGCUGGGGACAAAUGUGGAAGAGGCGUUUCUGGCACACUUUUCUCCUGUGGAAGAAAAUGAUUGAUGCUGUGUUGAUUUGGUGCAGUUUUGGAAGAACUUUAUUUGAUAGCUACCUACACGUUGGGUGUAUGUAUUGUCACAGUGUCCGAGGUGAGAAUGAACGCAUUGGGUUUGCCCACCUGUGUGAAGUUUAACAUCUACACCUGUGUUGCUUGGCCUUGACUGGUUGAUUUUAAGUGGUGAGAAAGCAUAUGGAAAUUACAGAUGGUUCUGGUCUUUGUAAACGUGUGUAAAAUCAAUUAUUUGCUUGCAGACGUUGGCGGUAGCCUGCUGGAAGUAGUUUAAUCAGGACUUUCUCAAUGAAUUACAGUUCCAUGAAUCAGGACCCUUCAGCAAAAAAUUUAUCAUAUGUCUAUUCUGGGAAUAGACAGGAUACAAAUGCUUUAGGAUGCUAAUUGUUGGUGGGCUUAGUAGUCUGGAGCUUGAAUUAGCUCCAGCUUUCAAAGGACAUGUUCCUUUCAUGGGCUGUGGAGCAUUUCCAUCAGAGGAAAAUGCUUGUGGUGGGGAACACCCAGCUAGCUGUGGCUCUGCAAACGGAGGGACAAGUCUGCAGUCACUUCCCAUGCCUGGGAGCUGCUGCAGUUUGGUCUGAGGUGUGCGUGAACUUGCAUCUGCUUCCUAAAUUCCCCACGUUUCCUUGGAGCCAUGCUCCAGUCUCUGUUGUCGUGGGCAAGCAGCAUUUGCAAAAUGAACCCAAACCGAGGAGGGAGGAUGGUGUCAUCCGAUUACUUGGGACCCUUCUCAGGAAACGAAGCACAGGAACAGGUCACAAGAAGAUAAGUCUUGGGCUUGAAAGCACAAGGGGUGAUGGCCUGAUAUGUCUGUGAAACUUCAUAGAUAAGUCAGGGCAGAUGCUGCCUGCAAACAGUUAGGUACUGACAUCCUGGGUAACAGGCGUCUAUGCCAAGAAGCUCCUCUUUAAAAACACUCAUGUUGGAAAUUCUGAUAGAGGUGUUCUCAUUUAUUUUGCCAUGAAGUGAGCUUUGAAGCUGUGCGUUUGAAGGCUAUGCCUUCUCCAUCUUUUCAGCCUGAGGAGAAUGUGUUUCCCGGUAUGGAGCCCCUGCGGACAGCGAUGAGUCCCAGCGACGAGUCGCUGUAAUGAAAACACCAGCCUGAGUUCAGCGGAUGGUCUCAUCGAUAUCAUUUCCCUGGGCUGACAGAUGUGCCAGUGGCAGCGAUGCUUGUGACUUCCCAAAACACAAGAUCAGCCAGGAGCCAGUGGUGUAAUUUUACCCUUUGGUGUGUACACAACUGGAUUUGGGGAUUACGUGGCUGGCUGUGCACGGCAGCAGGCACAGGAAUCGGCAUCGCCACCGUGGUGCAAAGCUGGUGUCACAUCGUGGUCUUCUCCCAUGUCUGGAGGUGUUCCUGGGGCUGGCCCAGAGCUUUGUUGCCAGAAUUGCUCCUGCUGUGGGUCCGGUGCUGCUGCAGAGCAGGGCAUCUCUCUCUGUAUAUUAUAGAUAUAUCCUUAUGUACGCGUUUCGGUGUCAAAAGGAGCAGUACGGUGAGAAAUACUCUGGGGUUAAUCCUCUGCAGAGGCUUGACGUCACUGUGGCAAGUGCAGUGAUGCACUGUGUUGCAGAAGGGUGAAGCAAGAAGAACAGAUCUGAUGGGGCUGGGGAAGGGGGAGGAACUUCUUGUCAGAUGAGAUUUUUUUCAGUGUUUUUUAAUCAGUUAGGUGAAGGUAUUCUGUAGCAUGUCACAUGCCUUCCAUUUCUUAGGAACUGCUCAGGUUAUUUUAAAGAAGUUACUCAGUAAGUAGCUUUUUCCUCAUGACAGCUACUCCAGAUACUAUGUUUCUGUGUUUGGCCAUGUUCCAAACUAGGGGUGAAAUUAGGAAACAGCAUCUCUGUAGGGAUUUAUAUGUAUGGUGUUUUGACAGGGUCUGAUAGGAAAUCCUUGGGUGUGUUUAUGCUGCCCAGAAGCAAAUACUGGCUUUUAGACCUGUUUAAAGGAUUUAAUCUAAACCUUUUUCUUUUGGAAGCUGGUCUUGGCAAAAUGUUUUGCUGGGGGGA